GAACAUAUUUGAGGAUUAGCUCGUCAUGCAGGAGUCUCGCGCAACUGUAAUUACCCGCAGUAUAGUAACGGAAAGCCCGAUUAUCCUACAUUAGGAGGAUCUAAGGAAAAAUCGCCAUAUACUGUGUUAAACCUUGGGAUUAGCGCGUCUCCCUUUCCUGGUUGCUGUUAUGGGGGGGAUAGACCGGCGGCGGAGAGUAUCUCUGGCUAUUACGUUGAACUUCCUCGCGCUGAUUCUAGCCGUGGUUGCGUUGACUACAAGCUACUGGUGCGAGGGGACACGGAAAGUGGCGAAACCUUUCUGUACGGGACCGGUCACCACCACCAGACAGUCGUUCUGUAUCAGGUUCAACAGCUCGAACAUGAAUGACAGCAGACUGGUCCAGUACAUCUGGGAGACCGGCGAGGACAAGUACCUUAUGAGGAAGUUCCACACCGGGAUCUGGUUUUCGUGCGAGGAGAACGUCAAUAUGACAGGUGAAAACUGCAGAAGUUUCAUUUAUGUUGCGCCCUCACACGAAAGAGGAGUGCUGUGGCUGUGUAUCGUGGCAGAGUGUCUUUAUAUUCUCCUCCUGGCCACCGGAGGCAUCCUCAUGUCCAUAGAGGCGUGUCACUUAGGAAACGUCAUCAACGGACUCAAACUCAACGCCUUCGCUGCCAUGUUCACUGUCCUGUCAGGUCUGCUUGGCAUGGUGGCCCACAUGAUGUUCACCACAGCCUUUCAGCUGACAGUCAGUCUGGGGCCAGAGGACUGGAAGCCUCAGUCAUGGGACUACAGCUGGUCAUACAUCCUGGCGUGGAGCUCGUUCACAGCCUGCAUGGCCUCCUCGGUCACCAUCAUCAAUCGCUACACCAAGACCAUUCUGGAGUUUAAACACAAGCGCAGGAACGUCCAGAAGAACCUGAAGAUCAAGCAGAAGCUUCUGGAGCUGGACUCUGGACCAGGGGUCGGGGUGGGUCAUGGGGGUCAUGGGGGUCAUGUGGAGCAAGUGUGGGACAUGUACAUCAGCUCAGUGCCCAACACGGCUGAGGAACUACUGGAUCUCUCCAGCAACGGCAGGAAGCUGUCCAACGCAUCAGUGUUCCUGGACUUGAACGAUCUGCCAGAUCCGAUAAGAGAGGAGUACUUCUGAGAGAGGACUAGGGGACUGACCAAGGAACACACAAUUACACAUACACACACACACACACACACACAGUUCUUUCCAAACCAGGACAUUAUCCCACCAGAGACAAUAGAUUCCACCUCUUGUUUGGGGUACCUCCUGCACAGGCGCUUGGCUCAGUGAUGUGCUCUUACUGAUCAGCCAAUUGGCUCAGUGAUGUGCUCUUACUGUUCAGCCACUUGGCUCAGUGAUGUGCUCUUACUGUUCAGCCAAUUGGCUCAGUGAUGUGCUCUUACUGUUCAGCCAAUUGGCUCAGUGAUGUGCUCUUACUGAUCAGCCGCUUGGCUCAGUGAUGUGCUCUUACUGUUCAGCCAAUUGGCUCAGUGAUGUGCUCUUACUGUUCAGCCGCUUGGCUCAGUGAUGUGCUCUUACUGUUCAGGGUGCUUCUGUCCUGACAACACUUCAAUAUGGGCUUCAGUCACUGUUUCCCUUUAUUAAGUAUCUAGUAACUAUGUUUAAGAGUUUAUUUGUUGCAGUAUUACAUGUGGGCAUUGGUUUGCUGAAUCUGUGCUUUUGUGUGUCUGUGUGUGUGUGUGUGUGUGUGUGUGUGUGUGUGUGUGUGUGUGUGUGUGUGUGUGUGUGUAUGUGUGUGAGCGUGAAUUCUAUCAUGAAAACUCCUCAUUUGCCUUUUCUACUGAGAACAUAACACUAAGAGAGACAUAUUUUCCUACAGCAUAUACCUCUGUGGAAACACUGUUGAGCUGAUGCCACAUUGAGACACUGCUCUGAUAUACUUCAAUAGACUGACACAGAGACAUUUCCUCUCCUCUGGAAUGAUUUCCGACAUGCUCCUAGUUUACAAAACCAAAUUGCAUUUAGCAACAGUGACUUCAUGUUAGAGGAGAUCCAAAUCCAAGUUCCCCUGACAUUCCAAGCUGAAGUAGAGAUGUGUAGAGGAUGAGAGAGAGAAAUAUGUAUAUAUACAGACAGACAGACAGACAGACAGACAGACAGACAGACAGACAGACAGACAGACAGACAGACAGACAGACAGACAGACAGACAGUACAGUACAGUACAGUACAGUACAGUAAUAAAGCAUAGAAAUGGACAAAGUAAACCAUUUUAUUUAUUUUCAGGGGUUUCUGCAGCAACCUCAGCACCCCUACUUCCCACAGCUUUGGAAUGGAAAGGCAGAGAGGAGAGACGGAUAGAGGAGAGAUGGAUAGAGGAGGGAUGGAUAGAGGAGAGAUGGAUAGAGGAGGGAUGGAUAGAGGAGAGAUGGAUAGAGGAGAGAUGGAUAGAGGAGGGAUGGAUAUAGGAGGGAUGGAAAGAGGAGAGAUGGAUAGAGGAGAGAUGGAUAGAGGAGAGAUGGAUAGAGGAGGGAUGGAAAGAGGAGAGAUGGAUAGAGGAGAGAUGGAUAGAGGAGAGAUGGAUAGAGGAGAGAUGGAAAGAGGAGAGAUGGAUAGAGGAGAGAUGGAUAUGGAGAGUGGUGUCACGCCUUGGUCAUUGUAUUUUGUGUUUUCGUUAUAUAUUUGGUCAGGCCAGGGUGUGACAGGGGUUUAUGUUAUUGUAUUUUCGUAUUGGGUUGUAGUAUUUGGGAUCGCGGCUGAUUAGGGGUGUUGUAUAGGCUUGGCUGCCUGAGGCGGUUCUCAAUCAGCAGUCAGGUGAUUCUCGUUGCCUCUGAUUGGGAACCGUAUUUAGGUAGCCUGAGUUUCGCUUUGUCUUUGGUGGGUGAUUGUUCCUGUCUCUGUGUAGUUUCACCAGAUAGGCUGUAAUAGUUUCACGUUCCGUUUGUUGUUUUUGUUGUAUUUAUUUAGUUAUUUCAUGUAUCGUCACUUUUUUCAUUAAAGACAUGAGUAACCAC